GUGGCGUUUGGGAUACAGUGAGUGAGAAAGAGAUCGGCGAUAGGGACGUGAGGAACGGACAGCCAUUUUAUACAUUAAAAAAUAAAUAAAUAAACACAGUUAUUAAACAUAAUAUUGGCAGUCAUGGGGCAGUGUGGCAUUACCUCGUCAAAAACCGUUCUCGUGUUCCUUAAUCUCAUCUUUUGGGCAGCGGCAGGUAUUCUGUGUUAUGUUGGCGCCUAUGUGUUCAUCACAUAUGAUGAUUAUGACCAUUUCUUUGAAGAUGUGUACACGCUGAUUCCAGCUGUUAUAAUAAUUGCUGUCGGGGCUCUCCUGUUUAUCAUUGGAUUAAUAGGAUGCUGUGCAACAAUUAGAGAAAGUCGCUGUGGGCUGGCUACCUUUGUGAUCAUCCUGCUGUUGGUUUUUGUGACGGAAGUAGCUGUAGUGGUACUUGGAUAUAUUUACAGAGCAAAGGUUGAGGAUGAGGUUGACCACUCCAUUCAGAAAGUGUAUAAUAAAUACAAUGGAACAAACCCAGAUGCAGCGAGCCGAGCUAUUGACUAUAUACAGAGACAGCUUCACUGCUGUGGAAUCCACAACUACUACGACUGGAAGAACACAACCUGGUUUAUAGAAGCCAAAAACAACAGUGUCCCUUUAAGUUGUUGCAAAGCAAACAUUAUUAAUUGUACAGGGACUCUUAGCCGUCCAGGAGAUCUUUACUCAGAGGGAUGUGAGGCUCUGGUUGUCAAGAAGCUGCAGGAGAUUAUGAUGUACGUUAUCUGGGCAGCACUGGCAUUCGCUGCUAUUCAGAUGCUGGGUAUGCUGUGUGCAUGCGUUGUGUUGUGCCGAAGGAGUCGGGACCCAGCCUACGAACUGCUCAUCACUGGAGGAACCUAUGCAUAAAGGAAAACACAUACUUGAGCUUGAUAUCUUAUUUUUAUUGGAAAUCAGAGGACGGGCAAGCUAGCUUUCCUAUCUCAUAGUAAGCUAAAGCACGCCUUGCACAAUUUGGGACUGCUAAAGUGUACACUGGUGAUGGGUAAAGCCUCAAAUAUACUAUUUAUUUGCAUGCUUUACAAGUUGGUAUUUUAUUUAAACUGUUUAAAUGCUACUAGCCAAAACUGCAAAAUUAAAAUUAAAAGCACCUGUUUGCUGGGGUAAGGAAGAAAAUAAGUAAAUAAAAAAUAAAUAUGUACCCUGCUGUACCAUUCAAUGAACAUUGGAGCAACUGUUGCAAAUGUGACAUGAAACUGUUUGUUUUUCGUUUUUCCUUGUUUAGUAGUUGUCUGACACACUGUGUGUAGGACUGGACAUUUCUUUCGUUAUUUUAUAAAUAUUUAGUACUACAUGUAAAUACUGAAGGUGAGAACCCCUUUGUAUACGGCUGCCUCAUGCUACUGAAAUGUAAUUUUUAAAAUUAUUAUUGCCUACCCAUCACCAGUUUUCAUUUCUAAGUACGAGUACUAUCACUGUACACACAGUCUUCAUGUAGAAAAAGGAUUGUGUAGAACUGUCUACUCCCAGUGAAAGUAAAUCAGAUUAAAUCUAGUACCUGAAUAUCAGAUCUUCCACUAGCUGAAGAACUGACCUUUUGGGAGUAAUCUAUAUGCACUGCACAGUCUGUAUUAAAAGGUUUUGUUUUGAUAGUUUUUUUUUUUUUUUUUUUUCUGUUGCAGUUGUACAUGGAGUGUACCAUUACAGUAAAAGUUUUAAAGUUGAUUUGGGGGAGAAAAAAAAAAUGUAGCCAUGUAGAAUAACACUAUUAUGUCAAACUGACUUGAAUUAAUGUAAAUAGAAUUAAAAAAAAAAAAAAAAAAACCUUUAAAUGAUUAAAUCUCUCUACAUCCCUCAA